AUGCGCUCGCUCCGCCCCCUCGGCCAAUGGCUCACGUCCCCACGUGUGAGAGCUGUCGCGCGCAUCGCAGCUUUCGCCAUCCUCGCCAUCGCUGGAAUACUGCUGGCUGUGCUCUUCAUACAUCGCGGCCUGCUACCGGUCGUCGCAUGGCUGAUUCCAGCGUUGCGACUGCCCUUCCUCGACUUCGCAGUCUACGGGCCAUAUCCUACGCAGCAAUUCGUGUCCUUUGACCUUCAUGCGCCCAAGCCAUGGCGAACGCUCUGGGACAAAUCAUGCGACGGCGGCCAGAUAUUCAUUGGCCCCAAUGGCCCUUCAGUGACAGACUCGGGGCCAGUGAUCACGGACACCAAUGGCGAGCUCAUCUGGAUGACCCACGAGUACAACACGGUCAUGAACUUUGAUAUGCAGAGUUACCGAGGCAAGGACUACCUCACCUUCUGGACUGGCAACAAGACUGGUAGUAACGGUCGAGGGGAGAUGCUGAUGCUGGAUUCGAAUUACAAAGUCGCCUACCGAAUACAGGCUGUCGGCGGAGAGAAUCGAGGCGACAUCCACGAAUUCCGCUUAACGGACGACAACACCGCACUCAUCGCUGUGUAUAAUCACACCCAAGCCGAUCUGCGAAGUUGGCCCGGCUUCCGACCAUCAGAUGGAUGGCUGGUAGACGGGUUGUUCCAAGAAAUCGACGUCGAGACCAACGAGCUCCUCUUCGAGUGGCGAGCAAUCAACCACUUCGACCCCAUCAACAACUAUUACUUCGACCCCUUUGGUGGCUACUUCGAAUCGCAUCCCUACGACUACUACCACCUCAACAGCAUCGCGAAGGAUUCCAAAGGCAACUACCUCAUCUCCUCCCGCCACUUCCACCACAUCGCCUACAUCGAAGGCAAAACUGGAAACGUCCUCUGGACUCUUGGCGGCCACUCCAAGGACUUCAAGGACCUCUCCCAUGGCAAAGCCACCGAGCACCAAUGGCAGCACAACGCCCGCUGGGUCGAUGAAGAAAAGGGCAUCCUGAGUUUCAUGGAUAACGGCGCUGCCGGACCUCUCCAUGUAGACGCGCCUUGCAGCAAAGGCACGAUGGUCCAGCUCGAUACCGAAAACAUGACGGCCACUUUACUCCACUCCUACGUCUCGCCGAACAAAGUCCGCGCAGCUUCGCAGGGAAAUCUGCAAGUCAUCAACGACGACCAAGUGCUCGUCGGCUGGGGCGCUACGGCCGCGUACACGGAGUUCACCAUGGACGGCACCCCGCUGUGCGAAGUGCAUUACUCCGCCGGAUUGCUUUUCUGGUUUGAGCGAUGGAAGAGUUAUCGAGUGCAUAGGCAUUUUGGGUGGGUCGGUAAGCCGGAUUGGCCGCCGAGCGCGAGGGUGAAGGGGGGAAGAGUCUAUGUUAGCUGGAACGGGGCUACGGAGGUGAAGUUCUGGGAGUUGCAGGGGGUGAAGAAAGAGGGUGGGAAGUGGGAAAGUGUCGAGACGACGGAGAAGCAGGGGUUUGAGGACUCGUUUGCUCUGCCUUCGAAGGCGGAGUUCGUCCACUACCGAAUCGCGGCGCUGGACAGUGAGAAGAACGUUCUUCACCACUCAGAGCCAGCUCAACCGGAGGGUGGUCUUGGAUGGGCUGCCGGCGUGGCGAUCGGCGUCGCUGUCGUUGCGGUCCUCUCGAUUUGCGCGUGGUAUGGCGUGAGGCAUUGGGCACGACGAAGACGAGAGGGGAGGAACCUGUUUACCUGGGAAUAUAAGGAGUUAUUUGGGCAGGACUAUCAGUAUAGCAGGUUAUAG